AUGGAAUCAGACAAAGGAAAUAAGCAGGAAUCAGCUGCUUUUGCAACAGGGAUAUAUGAAAUACCUGGAGAGACUGCUGUUGUAAUUAACGGGGCGCCAGUAGUCCCCGAUGGUAGCGGUGCUGUCCCGUCCCGCGAUGUUUCAAGUGUGGUUGAAACUCAUGGAAAUUUGGAUUUAGGUGAUUGGUUCGUAGGGAGGGAUGUUCAAAAACUGUUUAGGGAAAGGUAUUACUCAGGUAAAGUAAUCAACUAUGACAAAGAAUCUGGAUUGUACAAGGUUCAAUAUGAAGAUGGUGACUUAGAAGAUCUUGAUUGGCCGGAGUUGAAGGAAGUUCUUCGUCCUUUCGAUGUUACAAUUUCUCUCAAGACAUUGGCACAAAGGGUUAUUUGGAAAAAUAAGAAAUCUCUUAGCAAAUCUGAGAAGAAAAGUGUUGGAUCACAAAAUUCCAAAAUCAAAACAAAGAAAACAAAUGAAAACUAG